AUGUCUCGCAAAACGAAAGACUUCACUAUUGCCAACAAUAGUCUUCCCGAAUUUGGAAAUCCCCCUGACAAGCACAGCAGAAAGAAGAAAAGCAAAAUCCGGAAGAAGGAUCGACCAUUGUGGUCGGCGCCGCGCACGGACGCGCCACUUACUGCUACAGACGGGGAAACCAACUCCGUUAACGAAGCUCUGGGCUAUUCUCAAUUUCAUUCUCACGAUGCCGAGCACGAAUCUGACGACGGUUGGUCUGAUACUUCCGGUAAAAGUAGUGAGCCAGACCUGGGGAAAGGACGGCAGGGUCUAACAAAGAACGCCGCCACGAUCCAAACCAACGUCGCAGAAUCUCGUCAAGCCGAUCCUCCGAUGAUUUGCAAUCUCCCUGUACCGGUAUCCUUUAGUUCCGACGAUGAAGACUCUAGUGGAGAGGAUAGUGACCAUGGAUUUGCGCAUUCCGCGCUCGGAGCAUCUCCUUACACUGUCAAACAGCGGUCAAAUGAAGACUUGACGCGAGACAUCAAUCAGCGACCUCCUUCCCCUCCCGCAUCUCCGAAAAAGAAUACGUCCGAACAUUUCAUUGGGUACCGUUCUAUGGACACAAACCGCAAGGCAAUUCCCCAUUAUUUGACACGCACAAGUAGCCGUCCGGACCCUAGCGAUAGUCCAAAUUUUCACAGCAGCAAUGCCCGUCAACAUCAGCACGAGCCGCAGUACAAUCCAAACGAGCAGAGCUCUGUUGGUAGUCCUCGUAUAAAUGGGAUUGAAUUUGCCGGGAACUACGGAGAUGGACGAGUUUCCGGCAAUGAGAAGGGUACGCGAGGGUACGAUCCUGACUACGAGAGUGAUCAGACCGGCCUACAGUACAUUCCAAGAGAUCCGUACCAGGAUUCCGAUUAUGAUCUCCAAAACGAUCCUCGAUACUAUCCCGAAACGGCUGAAAGCGGUAGUGAAUACAUUCCCGCAAUCUAUAACGCCGAAUUUCCCGAUGCCUCGAAGACAGACCCCGAGACCGGGUAUUUGCCAUCACAGUCGCAACUACUCCGAGAGGCCAAUGAUUCGAUUUCGUCCAGCCAAGUUCAGAAGCGUGACCGGCGCACAAUGACAUGGCUCAUUGUGUGUCUGGGAUGCGCUCUCGUGGCACUGGCUGCUCUAACAGGAGGAAUAGUCGGAGCUUUGGUGUCCAAAGAGGAUGCCGAUGUGGUUGAACUGUCGGAGCCAACGGAAAACAGUUCCCCAACCACGCCCGCUGCCAACAUAACAAAGGCACCAACAAUCCCAACUCUAGUACCCACUUCUUCGCCAGCCGAUAUUGAAGAGAGAACAGAGGGACCAACUCCAUCUCCUCAAACAUUCUCACCCACAUCAUUGGCCACAACGAUCACAAGUCUUCUACCGACACCUUCGCCAACGAGAAUGGAACAGAGUACAGAAUUUCCUACUCAAGCUCCGCAAACAAUUUCACCCACGUCCUUGGCACCAACGAUCCCAAAUCCAGUUCCGACACCUUCACCAACGGACACUAAAGAAAGUGAAGGAGAACCAACGCAAUCUCCUCAAACAAUUUUUCCCCCUACAACCGCUUCAAGCGAAGAAGGUACUAGCAAUGCGCCAGCGGCCGCCAUUACAAAUACCCCACAAGUUGCGACAACGCCUGCGCCUGUUACCGGCGGUGGUGGUUUCGGAACUAGCGGUGGAUUUGGCACCGGUGGAUGGUGGCGGUAGGGUGGAAACUGGCAAGUG